GUUCAUAUGAGUACGUACUUGUUCGAAACAUGAAUUUUAUGAAACAAAGCGUCGAAACCAAACACGGCAACUAGUUUCUUUAAAAUGAGUCAGUGCGUUCCCAGUUGGGAUCUGGACGAUAAUCAUGCCGCAACGCACCACUCGCUCCGCUCUAACUCCAGCCUCACCGCACCCGAUGGUCACACGUCGGAGUAUGAAGUGGCGGAAUUGACAUGGGAGAAUGGCCAGCUAGCCAUGCAUAGUUUAGGUCCGACACGUGUACCGGCUAAGCCAUUGAUUUCCAACGCUCCUUCUAAGUACACUCCUUGGGAUAAACCACGGGCUAAUGGCACCUUGGAGUCCAUAGUGAACCAGGCCACUCGCGUGCCGUAUCUUAAGGUGUCUCUUAACGGCGGUGGGAAUGAAAUUGUAUCUUGUUUGGACAACCACCGUUCUGCUGCGGAUGCUCUGGUCCCUUGCUCGAAAAGGUCGACGGAGGUCCGGAACUCACACGUCAUGGAAUCCGUACCAGGACUCAGAGGAUCUCGCUUGGUGGGAUCCUGUAGAGUGCCGGCCGGCACUCGACAUGAACAGGUGCUUGUUACCGGGAAACGGACACGGGAGGCGGCGGCGUAUGUUCCCGCCGUAACAACCGAGUGGAGCGGCAAGGAACAAAGUGCAAGCGCCAGUGCCACGUUCGGGCUAGAUAGCCAAUACGUUACUUUCGGUACGCAUGACAAGGAUUUGGGCGUGGGUUUUACUUCUACUUCCCUCGGUUCCCGGGAAAACACGGGCUCGACGAGGCACUGUACAAAGGCCACCACCACGGCUGAUGAUCAUGACUCUGUUUGUGACAGUAGAGCCCAAAGGGAGGAAAUUGAAGAAGACAAGAAGGAAACUGGGAAAUCUUCAGCUUCAAAUAAAAGGAGCAGAGCUGCUGCUAUCCAUAACCAGUCCGAACGUAAAAGAAGAGAUAAGAUCAACCAAAGGAUGAAGACGUUACAGAAGCUGGUUCCAAAUUCCAGCAAGGCAGUUUAUUUAAUUUUUGAUCAAUUACAGACGGACAAAGCUUCAAUGUUAGACGAAGUGAUUGACUACCUGAAACAAUUGCAAGCACAAGUUCAAAUGAUGAACAUUCCGCCAAUGAUGUUGCCGAUAGCAAUGCAACAGAAACUCCAAAUGUCGAUGAUGGCACCAGCGAUGGGGAUGGGGAUGGGAAUGGGAAUGGGGAUGGGCAUGGGGAUGGGGAUGGGCAUGGGUGUGAUGGAUAUGAACACUAUGGGGCGUCCCAACAUCGCCGGCAUCUCACCCGUUAUGCCUAAUCCUUUCAUGAACAUGACUUCCUGGGACGGCUCCGGCGAACGGCUACAACAGGCGGCCUCUGCUGCAGCUGCAAUGCCGGACCCUCUUUCCGCAUUCAUGGCGUGCCAAUCACAGCCGAUGACCAUGGAUGCUUACAGCCGGCUGGCUGCUAUGUAUCAUCAAAUGCAACAACCACCUGCUUCUGGUUCUAGGAGCUAAGCCAUUACUUUUAGCUACGUUUUCAUAUAUCAUUACAAAAACUUGGGUUUCAAUUCUUACACUUGCACAG